AUGGGCCGCCUCGACAUCAUCCUGUGCACCGCUCCACCAGCGUCGGGGGGUGGGGCGAAUUCUCUGCUUGAAGAGCAGGCGAGUCUCGCAUUGGAGAGUCUCACGCGUCGUGUAGAUCAGGUGCUGAGCCAUGCUACUCCCCGUCGUGUAGUGAGCGCCAUCGCCGCGCGCGUCCGUUCCGCUCCCGCAUUCUCUCAUCAGAUGAAUAUUCUUGUUGGUACCGAGGACUCCAGAGAAAUUUUGAUGGGGCUCCUUUACGAACUUACGUACCAGCAGCAUGGAGAGGAUGCUGUGCCCUUGCAGUGUAUGCUUUUUGCGUCUGACCAGGCCUCGGUGCGGUGCGAAAUUGUUGGUCAGGAGGAGAUGGGGUCUGUGAUGGAGGUGAUGCGUGGGAUGCAGCGUAUCGUCUUGGUUGCGCUGAAGUUUAGAAGUCGAACGAUGGCCCUUGUUGUGGUGAAGCAACUCUCCACAACCCUUAUUGCCUCCAUGCUGGGCUCCGCAUGGUGCAACGUGUGGCUCAUGCAGGGCGGUCUCGUCUCUGUGGAACGCUCCGCUGCGGUGCUGCGGGAGGCGCUUACCGUGCGGGACGCCGUGGAGGGCUGCUGCCACAUUUCGGAGGACGCACUCGCUGGGAUAGUGGAUCUCGGGGCGGUGUUGCAGGCCCGUGCCCUCUCAGAUGGGGAGGCGCAAGGCCUCGCCGCACGCUGGCGGCAGUUAACCCGGGGAGGUGAGGCGGCUUCUGAGGACAGGCGUCUUGUGGAGGACAACGCGGCGCUGCGAGCGGCACACGCAGAACUGCAAGUUUAUCUGGGAGAGCGGGAGGAGUGCUUCGCCAAGGAAAAUGGGGCAAUGCAACGUGAGAUAGAACGUCUACGACAGUCGCUGCAGCAGGCCGAGGCAAACGGGGAGAAACUGAAGGAGGCUGAGGCGCGAGUCGCGCUGCUGGAGUCCCGCCUCGCUGAAAAGGACGAGGUGCCUCAGAGUCAGAGGGACCAGAUAGACCGGAAUCGGCUGGAGGCGAGUAAGUCGAUGCAACCGGUAGAAAUAGAUCGCCACAAUAGACUGGAACAAUUGCGUGAUGGAAUUGGACUUCAGAAAUAUGGGGACGUUAAAAAUGGGCUCCGACAGGAGUUGUCAGAGACGCAGGCAGCGUUGCGUAGCGCGCAGCAGCGGUGGGAGGCGUUAAGGAAGGAGAGUCUGCAGAACGUCAUGGAAUUUCAUGAGCGAGAAAAGGAGUGGCAGGUGGUGUUGAAGCGGGGAGAGAAGGAACGGGAUAUACUUGCAGAGGAGUGCCGUCAACUCCGCUCCGUUGUGACCUCUCAAGGCUCUAGCCUGGACGUCGUGAAGGAGGCGGUUGAAUCCACGCGUUUGCUCCAAGAGCUGGAGCUGGACGAGCUUUUGAAAAAAAUUAGGGCCAUCUCUUUGGCCAGUGCAUCCGCAAGCCAUCGGCGUGUCUCGCCGCGACGUGCGAGACACUCAGACUCGUGGAGAGGCCUGCGGAAGCUCUCACCACCGCCUCUUGUCAAAAACUGUUAUUCGCCUUGA